GAAUACUGAUAAAUUACUUUUUUUACUAUUUUUUUUGAGGGAAUUAUAUUAUUUGCUGCGUCAUAACAAGCAAUCAGGAGUUCAAGAGUCUAUCUUAUUAGUCCCGAUGUAUUCAGAAAGGUACACAGAAACUCUCUUAAACCUCUAUUGAAUUCGACAUAGUUCAAAUUAUUAAAUUCGUUUCUAAUGUCUUCCUCUAAAAUCAUACAGCUCUUCCAUCUCGUUAACCAUCGAGUACAAUGCAAAAAAUAUAUAUUUAUAUUUAUCUUUGUAUCCAUACUUUUGACGUUACAUCAUUUUUUUUGUUUAUAUUUCUCGAAAUCAUAUAUAAACUCUUCACUUCUCCCCCACACCUCUUUUGAAGAGUCUAUUUUCGUUCCCAUUGUGGUGUACGUUUUGAUUUCUAUUAUUAGCAUCUUUAUACCAGGAGAUAUAAUAUACGCUUGGCGUAAAAACAAGUAUAACGCCCAUCUUCUUAACAAGACCGUGGAAAAAGGAACUCGGCCUAUAAUUGAUAUUUCAGAUGAUGAGCUUGUUCCUCGACCUUUAGUUGUAGAACGCCUUAAAAAAAUUUUUCAACCGAAUAGGAAUCAAUCAUUUUAUCAUGUGGUCUGCGGUGAACAUGGGACCGGGAAACUACGUUAACCAGAAUUGCAUCAAGGGAAGUAGGGCAGGAUAAGGACAAGGGUAUACAGGGCGGAAUGGGUGUCAUAUAUGUUGAAAUUCCUUCUGAUACUGAAGAUAAAGAUGUAGAGCA